AAAAAGCAUUGCAAAGCACUUCAUUUUUAAAGUAAAAGUUUGCUCAAAAAUGCAGAAAAAAGGUAUUUUAUGAAUGAAUCUUAACAUAGGUAGAAACUACCGUACCGUGACUACAGCUUGCCCCAAAAAUGGUAAAUAUAAUUUGGAAGUCAUUUUAUGAAUAAUUUCCAUAUUCAACCUGUGCAAAAUUUCUUCUUCACAGCAUUUUUCAUCACCGUAGCUUCUCUAUGAGUUUCAAAAUGGAGGGGUGAGCUGGUUGCAAAUCGCAACACAUUACUAGCUGCUACUAAAAAACAGCUAAUUUUACUUAUCUUCAAAGCAUGAGAUGAGCAAACUAUAUGGUCAAUCCUGUGAGGACAGACAAAGACAGACAUUUAAUCUCAUCUGUGCAGUGAACGUUGUGAUAACCAGCGUACGAUCAUCAGUUAAAAUCUGAAAUGGCUCUCGCAUGAAAAUCUCUGACAGAAACUGACGCCCAAUAAAUCUUCGUAUAUGCAAAGAGUGCUUAAUAUAUCUGCUCUGCUGUAGUGGUUGACAUUGAAAUGGGCUGGAACAUACCUAAAAACAACCCUGCGUGCAUGUGAGAAAGUCUUGCACAACAUCACUGCACUGAGGCAAGUGAAAGCAAGUAACUGAAGGGGUGAAGAAUGCAGAGGAGCUUUAUAAACCAGAACAUAGUAAAGGUGCACGGUUUAAUCUUGAGAGUAAAUAAAAUCCUGAAAAAUGCCAAAUAAUGCCCAAACAUAUGGUAGGAUUCAUAAAAGGUUCACGUUCUAUACAGUAGCAGUGUCCGGUGUGCAUGUCUCACUGUUUGCAGAGCUAAAAAAGCUAUAUUAAUGAAUCUGGUUUAUGGCAUAUGGUCACACACACGUUUAUUGAUUUAGUGCGACAUAUAUAAGGUCUGAAGAUCUACUCAAAAUCAGCUUCACUCAACUGGACUGUGAACAUGAGAGCAUCUUCAACCAAGCAAGAAAAAUCUACAACCAUUCAGAUAGACGAGACAAAAUAAAGACAUUUAUAAAAAUGAUGGGUUCCUCAUUUAGAUCUGCACCACAGGGCCAGUUUUGAGCCAAUUGAAAAAGAAGUCAGGGCAAACAAGAAGUUGUCAUGGAGCUUGGGAACUGCACGGUAGACACCAGCUAUCGCUUCACCUACUUUAAGAUCUCCUACAGUGUGAUCUUCACAUUUGGAGUAGUCAGCAACGGCAUGGCGCUUCGGCAGAUUUGCCGCAUGCAUCGGACCUUCACCAGCACUGCUGUCUAUAUGGCCAACCUUGCCGCUGCAGAUAUCUUCUUUGUGGUCUCCCUACCUUUGCGCAUAUAUUAUCACCAUAACAAAGCGGCCACUUUAAACCACACCAGUGACUGGUCUCCAGGAGGUGCUUUCUGUCAAGUAACCUUCACUUUAAAGUACAUAAGCCUUUAUGGAGGAAUUUUUUUCCUUGUGUGCAUUGGGGUGGACCGCUACUUUGCCGUCGUGCACCCUCUGCUGCAACACCUGAGGAGGGUUCGAACCGCCUGCAUGCUCAGUGCCUGCAUCUGGUGCCUGGUCCUAGCCCUUAGCGUAUCUCUGCCGUUCUUGAGAUCGGCCGCAUCUGGACAAAAAAAGCCCUGCCUCUUGGAUCCUUCUUCCAAACAAAACCGUAUGAUUAUUUUAUCUGCUCUCGGCCUGGUUCAAAUCGCCUACAUGCUGCCUGCACUCCUGCUACUGUUCAGCUACUGCAGCAUACUACGCAGGUUGCCACGACGACGGAAGAUCUGCCAUCGCCGCACCCUUACCAUCAUCUACUGGGUACUAGGGGUCUUCUUUCUUUGCUUUACCCCUUACCAUCUUAACCUGCUGGGUUACACUCUCACACAGGUUGGCCUUGUGCACAGCUGCAUCCUGUUACGCAUUACUAGAACUCUGCAUCCUGUUGUGCUCUCCCUGGCCAGCACCAACUGCUGCUUUAACCCCUUAAUCUACUACUUUUCGAGCAGCCUGGUGCACAGAGAGGGAAUCGGCAGUAGAGUAAAUGGCAGUCUUUGAGUACUGCCGAGGGCUAAAAUAACAGCAGCGAUUCUAAUCUAAGAACAGGUUUGAGUAUUUGGGAAGUCACAGGUUGGAGUAUUUGGGAAGUCUCAAAAUGACUUACCGUAUUUAACUACUUCUCAUUGAAUCUGACCUUUGACUACCUAUUUUUUAAAAAUGAUUUUGAGCAGAUAAGAGAACUUGGGUUCAUUGUUAAAUAAAGCAAAUUGUGACUAUUAAGUAAACUCACACAUUCAGGAAACUGCAUAAUGCUUGGAUGAAUGAAAUUAUCCAAAUAAAGGGUUUAUUUUGAGGACCU